AGAUACAAUUUCAUGUCAUGACGUCAUUACUGUUCAUAUUCCUUUUGUUGAUUGGAUUAACCGAACAAGCGCCCGAGAGACUGCUAAGAUCAGCGAAAGACGGCUCAAAUGAUUUUUGGAAAUCGAUGUUUUUGGCUUCACUUGGAUGCAUACUCCUUUCGCUACUAUUUAUCGGAUACCUAUUAUGGAAGAUAUCUAAGCUGAGACAGGAAAUUGAAAGACAAACUGGGGUCUCUGCACAAACUCAUUUGGAGUCAAGUUCAUCUUCAGGAAAUUCGAAGCAAUUGAAAAUCACAAAAACUGAAGAAUCUACUCCGCUGAUUCCGGUUAAUAACCAAAAAACAAAUACUAUUGAAGAAACUCUUCAAAUGAUAUCAAACAAUGAAGUACAAUUGGAUCCAAGUCUUAAAAUUAAUUUGAGCUAUCUUAUCAUCGAAGAAAAGGAAAUUGAACACUAUUACAGCAGGAUAAGGCUGGGAAAGAUGAAAUCUAUGGGAGCGCAUAAAAAUUCACCGACACUUUCAAUUAAAUGUGCUCUUCUUCGAAAUGAUAUAACCCAUCAGAAAAUGAUCCAAGAUGAGCUGGUAACACUUUCUUCAUUGAGAUCACAUUCCUGCAUAUUGGCUCUAGUGGGAUAUGUUCGAGAACCCAAUAUGCUACUGAUCGUAUCGGAACAUGCCGAGCACGGAAGACUUGAUCAAUUCUUGAUCGAUCGCAAACUGAACUUCAAUAACCAACUCACUUGUUCCGAUGGCAGUAACCAGAAAGUUUAUAAUUUCAACAAUGGAGAACAAGAGAGGAUUAGUGAUGAUAUGCAGGCACUGUGCACAUUGGAUCUUCUUUCAUAUGGAUAUCAAAUUGCCAUUGCAAUGAAGUUCUUGGCUGAUUCAAGGUGCCUUCAUCGUGCUCUGGCAUUGAGAAGUAUAUUUGUGACACGAAAUAAAACAAUUCGCAUCGGAGAAUUUGGACUCGCACGGAUAAAUGCUAGAAAAGAAUAUUACAUAAUGAAAUCCCCACAGCUUCCACUUGCCCCGGAGGUCAUGGCACCGGAAAGUUCUGAGGAUAAAAAAUUCACGGAGAAAUCUGAAGUGCGGUCGUUUGCAGUAUGCCUUACCGGAAUAUUCCAAUUAGGAGUCCCACCGCACGAAGCUGUAAACGCUGUUUAUUGUGGUCAGGAUAUUGAAAGAAAACUUCCGGAAUUACAGUACUGCCAUCCAGAUAUGUAUUCAUUCUUGUCAUCUUGUUGGAACUUUGACCCUGAAGCCCGUCCCACCUACUCUAAGUGUGUCGAAUUUUUUGAUGAUCAUUUUUCUGAGAAUCAAAUUAUGAUUGGAAAACAAAUUACGGAGAAGUUAAAAUCUGCUAAAAAUUAUCAAGACAAGCUGAAAAUUGGAACGUCUGAAAAUCGUUUUUUAUAAAUUUUUAUAUUGGUUUUUGUACAACGCUGAAGUUCAAUUUAAAUUACAUGAAACGAUAAUCAAC